UGUGGCUCUUAGGGUCUUUCCGAUUACACGAGGACAGCUUCAUGCCUCGCUGUUCACAUUCGCGAUAAUUUUCCCCUUUUUAUUUGUCCUUUGUGAGUAAAUUUUGAGAAAAUGGACACGACAACAAAUACAGAAAUGGACGCUCGCACAGAUGAACAAAAUGACACCGACUCCUUUAUUAAAGUGAAGUCUAAAAAGAGCCAAAAGCGGAAACACGAUCCAGCAGACAUGGACACGGACGGACCAGCAGCUAGCAAGAGGCCACAGUUUCCACCUAUUUCUGCAGAAAAUCUAAGGGGGGCGGAUCAGAUGCGUAAAGUGGCCGUCCCUGCCCAUAGGUACACCCCACUGAAGGACAAUUGGAUGAAAAUCUACUCCCCCAUCGUGGAAAACCUGCAUCUUCAAGUUAGAUUCAACCUCAAAACACGACACGUUGAAAUUAAAACUUGCAAAGAGACACAGGACAUCAGCGCACUCACAAAAGCAUCAGAUUUUGUUAAAGCUUUCGUUCUGGGAUUCCAGAUAGAAGAUGCGCUGGCCCUCAUCAGACUAGACGAGCUCUUUAUAGAAACCUUUGAUAUCACAGACGUGAAACCACUGAAAGGAGACCACUUGUCCAGAGCCAUUGGAAGGAUAGCAGGCAAAGGAGGAAAAACUAAAUUCACCAUCGAGAACGUCACAAAGACUCGCAUUGUAUUGGCAGAAACAAAAGUGCACAUAUUGGGCUCCUUUCAAAACAUUAAGAUGGCCCGAACCGCCAUAUGUAACCUCAUCCUCGGAAGUCCACCUUCGAAGGUCUACGGCAACAUCCGAGUGGUCGCUAGUCGAGCGGCUGAGAGAUUCUGAAGGGUGAUUGGUUGCUGUGUUUUAUUUAUCUCCAUCACGGGUGAUGAAUUGCGGACAUAACACCAGAUGAGGGAUGGAUGAUCAAUCUGUAUGAUUUCUGUGUACAGUAAAUUUGAUAAAUACAAAUCACAAGAGCGUUUUUGUUUCCUAAGUGCCUCCAAGUUCAGACAGAGCAUUGGCUUUUUCUAAAGACGUCAUUUCUGUGAAGGACUUUGAAUCAGGGGUGUUGAAACUUUUUCCAUAGGUGAAUAAGCGUAUUAUUUGUACAAACUUGGGACUAUUAAGAAACAAUAUCUACAGUAUCUCUACUGUACAGACUGAAAUGGAAACUGAAAGCAGGACAAUGCAAUAAACUGGAGAGCAGUGCAGCAUACAA